CGUGGCUCUCACCUUCAACCAUUCCAGCCACUUUUCUUCCCGAAAUACCCCUCCGAUGGCGGACAAACGAUCCACAGCCCGCCACACGUGCCUCAAACUCGACCUCCCUCUCGAAUCCUCCAUCUUCGUAAAGGGCACCUGGUUCUCUUCCCACUUCGACCUCGCCAUCACCGACGGCCUCAACGCCUGGACCUGCAAAGCGUCGGAGGCGGAGGUGAGGCAGAGAGCGGAGCAGUGGGACCAGGCGGUGGAGGAGUACGUGGAGUUGGGGGAGAGGUAUCUAGGGUUUCAGCAGCCAGGGUCGCAGUAUGGGUUCGAUGAUGCUGGAAAUGGAUGCAGAAGGUUGUUAUGGACAUUUGAGAAGGAAGGUACUAAAUUAGAAUGGCGUUGGAAAUGCCAACCAUCAUCUGACAGCAAACAAACUACAGCAGAAAUUCUGGAUUUUCUAAUGGAUGCAAAUAUACGUCUUAGUGAAGAGGUUGUUAGGAAGACCCAAUCUUUUGAGAGAUUGAAAGGAGAGGCUGAAAAGUGCUUAUCACAAAGUGAGAAGUUUAGAAAUGAGAAGGCUGAAUUUGAAUCUGCUGUCUAUGCAAAGUUUGUCGCGGUCUUAAACUCAAAAAAGGCCAAAUUGAGAGAGCUCAGGGACCGAAUAUCAAAAUUAGAAGGUGCUGGUAAAGCUCCACAAGUGGAGGAUGAAUCAAGUGAUAAAACUGAGAGCUUUCACGAAGACACUGAUGAUGAAAUAAUUGAAGAUCAUUCGGAUAGUUCUACCGCUGUUUCAGAGAAGGUUGCCGCUUCCAGCUCCAGGGGUCGAAAGCGAACGCGCAAAUAGUUGUUAAGUCGGAGUGUAUUAACUUAGUGUUGUUUUGUGACAUCUGAAUUCUCAUCUUGAUCACCUGCAAUAUAUCAGUUGUUUUGUACAUACAGCUGGAAUUUUCCCAGGUUGCAGUUCCAAGGGUUCAAAGAGAACAUCCUACAGAGGUUUUCUAUAAAAAAAUCGUAUAGGGAGGAAUGAAGAACACAAAUUUCAAUAUUCUGAUUGUACUGUUGUGGUGAUCACAGAUACAAUAUUCUAAUUGUACCAAGUAGUGAUUGCAAAUGUUAA